AUGCCACAAAUACAACGCAAGAAUACCGCUGACUUUGACCCUACAGACACACAUUGGAGAGUUGGUGGCUCGAUUGGUAGUAAUCUCCAAGCUGGCCAAUGCCCCAAGUUAACAGGAAAAAUCAACCCCAACUGUAUCGCCGGCUCUAUGCUCUUCCACAUCACUAAGGGUGCAACCGGAUACUUUGAAAAUCUUUGGGCCUGGACCAGUGACCACGAUCUUGAUGUUAUCACUCAGGAUCAAAUUGAUAUUUAUGUCGGUCGUGGUAUUCUUAUCGAAUCUCAAGGACCAACGUGGCUAUAUGGUACCGCCUCAGAACAUAAUGUCCUCUACCAAUACCAACUUCAGGGCGCCAAAAAUGUCUUCAUGUCGUUGAUUCAAACUGAGUCUCCAUACUUCCAAACUGCCCCAGGGGCACCAGCACCAUUCCCAUACCAGGCCGGAAGCUCCACUCCUGCUGCUGGUAGGCGAGAUUUGCAAAACGUCUUCGAGGGCAACGCCAGCGUCUCUACAGACUCCCUGCUUGAGAAACGCCAGGCUUCUGGUAUUUCAUCCUUCACCCUUGAUCCAGGGUUUAGAGAUUGCGAUCCAACUUCUAUCACCUGUCCAGUUUCUUGGGCUCUCAGAAUCGUUCAAUCUGAAGACGUCCAUCUCUAUGGUGCAGGACUCUACAGCUGGUUCCAAAACUAUGACCAAGGCUGUCUUCGCGGCUCCGGUUGCCAAUGGAAUGUCGCUCAAGUCGAUGGCGCUACCAAGAAACUUAGAAUGCAAAAUUUCAUCACCGUGGGUGCUUCGGUCAUGCUCAACAAUCCUCGAAACCUCGCCAUAUUUGCCGAUAAAAAUAGAAACGGUUUCGCUUCCUCUGCACUAGGAUUCGAGUCUGUCGCUGGCAGUGGCGGUAGUUUUGGUGAUGAUGGUGGUGCAAGUUUGGGCUACGACGGACAAGCUGGCGGUUCAGAUGAACUACACGUCCGCAUCAUUUCGAGUUCCCGCGUACCCCCAGGAGAAGACCUUGCUAUCGAUCGUUCUAACCAAAAGUAUUACUGGGAAGCCUAUAUUGGCGAGCCCGGUGACACUCUUAGGGAGAGUUGUCUCUGGUAUGAAGCUCGCGAGAACAUUGGUAAAGUCGUAUCCCCCAAGCCGGGUGGCGUAUUUGGAUCCUAUAUCGGACCCCCAUCAAAGGCAACAAUUAUAGUUCAAGGUAACAAAUGUGUCUAUGAAACUACUUCUACAACUCAAUGGCUAUUCUUCAACGAAGGAGAUAAAUACGGUGAACUCGCCUGCGAAGGGUUCUCCAAGAAAUUCGAUUGCGUCAAGAUCGGUGGGCAGGUUCCUCGCCAGCCGGAUACGUAUUGUAGUGACAACUUUUGGUUUAUUGAAGAUGUCAAGUGUGACCUUGUUGGAUACAAGAGUCUCCAACCCAGAAAUAAGAAUUACCUAGCGCCUGCGGAUAUUUCGCUUGAGUUCUUCAGAAGAUGGAUGAGAACCAACGUUAGAAACCCAGGACAGCCAUUCUACCAGCGAAAUAGACAGCUAUUCUAUACACAGCGACGACCUGAGAACCACUGGGAUGGCAGACCAGGACUCUCCGAGAGAGCUAGACACUUAGCUGCUCGUGUUGGAUUGUACACCAUCUGGGAAGGUUGGCCUUCUGUCCGCUACGACGGUCAACACGCCCGUGACAACGACUUCUACGACCUCGACGGUUUCUUACGUAACAUCCAAGCCAAUCCACCUCCUCACACAAACGGCAGACACGACUAUUUCAUGAUGAUGUCGACAAUUUUUGCCCAAGAGGCAUCUGGGACAGUCUGGGUUAUGACCGAAGACCCUAGAAGAAUUAUGAUGACCAACAUCUGGCUCAACGCCGAGUAUAGAACAUUAGCCGAAGGUGGUCGUGAUUGGGUUCAACGUAUCAUUGCCGUUGAUCUAGAGGGUGGUAAUCCACACGUUAUCUUCUCUAGAUUCCCGGAUGGUGUUGAAAAUCGUGCUACACCACAGAAUCCGAUCCGUUGGACGGGUCCCAUGCCGUGGGAAUGGCCGGUCAGAGGACUUCCACCGGAUAACGAUGGCCCACCGAGACCAAGCGGAAGCGGAAGCAACAAACGCGAUGAUAGUUGGGUGCCCGAGGAACAUAUUCACUUCGAAACUCGCGAUAUGCGUGAUGCUCGUGAAGUUGCUGAGCGUGAGUUUGAAAAGUUUAUGAAACGAGCGGAACCUGCUGAGGGAUCGUUGGCGUCUCCUAAAUCACCCGAGGAGGCGGCGCUCGAAAGAAGACAGCUUGAUGGUUACAUUUUCGAACGGGCCGAUUAUGGUGUCGAUUGUUUACAGACGUUGUAUGCUCUUUGGGGUAAUAUGACUGGUGUUUGUGAACCUUUCGACCAGAUCUUCUCGACAAGAACAUACGAGAAGAUCCAAGGAGCAUACAAGUGGAAUGAUUUCUUCGGUUGA